AUGCAUUAUUCAAUCGUUAAUGGUAAAGAAUUCUCUGAAGUGUCAAUAUUAUAUUCGAAGAAUAGUGAAAGCAAUGAAUUGCAUUAAAAUGAAAAUUCGUAAACAAUCAAAUUAGAAAACUAGAAUACCAAAAGAGUAUAAUGGUGUUGAUGAAAAUAAGGAAUUUAUCGAUAAAUUUUAAAAUUAUAAAGCACACAAUAAAGAGUUUGAAUAUUGUAAUCUUGUGAAUAUGGAAAAUAGUUAAUUAAAAAUUUACAAAGAGUCAUGUUAUUUUGGUUAGAUAGCAAAUGGAAAAAGAAAUGGAAAAGGAGUUUUAAUUUGUAAUAAUGGAAGAAUUUAUGAAGGAAAUUUUGAGAAUAAUAGAAAGCAUGGUUAAGGAUAUGAAUAAUUANUCCCUAGAAGACAUUCUAAAUUCUAAUGA